AUGUUUGAAGUGAUUGAGCAAGCCCGGCACGGAAGAGAACUGGACGAACAUAAUGCAUUGUUGACCGCCGCAGCGGAGGCUUACCAUGCUGACAAUCUGUCUCAAGCAGAAUUCUCGGAGAUAGACAAAGGCUGUGUGGCCCUUGAGAAGCACUAUGGGAAGCACAAGCUGCAAGCCAAAGCACGCAGGUUGGCUAGAGCGCUGGCUGGGGAUUGUGUUGAACACAAUGCGGACGCCAGAGCAAUCAACGAAUUGGCACGAAGCCCGAGUCUCCCACCGCAAAUGGUUGACAAGUCCAAUAUCGGCUUCCUACAGGAAUAUUACUGUGGAUUGCGCAUGAUUGGCAUCUUCGAACGACUCGAACAACACUCGCGACCGUGCGCCUCGUUCCUUCCUAAUGGGUCAAGCAAAAAACUUGCCGCUUGCGCUUCGCAACCUCUAUCUCUGCACCUCAACAAUUUGUACUCACGCCAUUGCUACUUCAAAGAAACACUGAUCACAAUGUCAACAUCAUUUCACGAAGCCUUGCACGAGUUGGACACAAAACGCGAAAAAGAGCUUCAGGAAUUCAAAAACGGACUCGAAGCACGAAACGCUUUUCCUCACCACGACCAAGAGAUCGCCGAAGAGCAGCGCAGUUUUGACGAGGUGUGGACCACUUACCUUGCGGGUAACAUGACCGAUACCGCUAUUGGAGAGGAGAUAACAAAAUCUGAGGAGAAGAUGAAGUCCUUGCUGGAAAAAAAGCGAGAGAUCGAAGAUGAGACAUAUGCAGAAAUCUUGGCAGAAAUUGAGGCUAUAGGCGCUCGUUAUGAACAAGAAUAUCGCAACCUUUGUCUUCGUUUUGGGGUGCUGGCGAAGCUGACGCUCAAAGCUGGCGGUGGCUUUGUGGGAUUCUUGAAUGGCAAGAGAAUGUCUUCUUUGAUCUCAAUAGACCAAAGAUUCGGGAAUUUUUAUGGCUUCGGUGCUGGAAUUUGGGUUCAUGGACAUGAUGGGCUGCUCGAUGGGUUCAAUGGAAAGAAGUCUUCAUUCGGUAGCAGCCGGGCAUAUUUCGUUAUUUGACGGUCUAGUAAUUGAAGCAUCCAUCUUCUUUUGCGAAUAACUAAACAUCGUCCACCGAACACCUUCUCUGAUCUGCAAAACUGUGAAAGAGAUGGCGUGGAAUCUGGCCUACUCCUGCAUUCCUUAGGGCACCAUCCAGCCAAGUCUAAAUGACGUAGAUACUCAGUUUUUUCAACUUCAGCUCCAGACUCGAUCUCAACCCAUCAUUCCUUCCACCCAACUUCAGCUUGAUUCAAUGGUCGCCUUGCUUGAAGUUAUGCUGCCUCGCAAGACACAAGCAGGGGUGAAAGAGGCAGAAUGGCUAUGAUGUCUGGCAGGUAACAUAAGAUUUCGCGACUGUAAGGCUUCCGAGAUCACGAUACAAUCUGAUUUAAGCAAAAAUAAAUC